CAAAUGACAAGUUACUAUUUGUGAGAAAGGAAAGAUGAAGUCAUUCGCGCUAGCAAGGGCAAGAUGAGGGCGAAACGCGAAUCGAUCGUUACCCGAGAGCGUCCUGCGCGCUAAUCGCUAUCCCGGCGCUAGUAUUCGCCCAUACUUUGUUCCUAUCGGAUUGACAAGCUAAUACUGUGCUUUUCGCCGGAUUGACAAGCCAAUACUGUUAAACUUACAGAGAAGCGCUUUAUCAUUUAACCGGAAAACAUGAGAGACGAAGUGAAGAUGGACGCGAAUCGGCUAAUCGCCGAAGUUUAUAAGCGGCCAGCACUUUGGAACCAAAGGCAUAUCUCUUAUCACAAUCGCGAGGUGACGAACCGCGUUUGGAUGGAGAUUGCGUCGAUAUUCAAGUUGCCCAAACCAGUAUUAAAAGCAAAAUGGAAAGGUUUACGAGAUACUUUCCGGGCAGAAUUAAAAAAAGACCAAGUUUAUCGUAAAAGUAAAUUUCAUCGAAAUAGGCCAGUAUGGAUACAUUUUAAAAGUUUGCAAUUUUUAAAAGAACAAAUGUUACCCCGUCCUCCUAUUUGGGAACGAAGUAAUUCUUGUCAAGACGAAGAUCGGGUGCCUAGUGAAGGUGAGAACGAUGGAGCGCUGAUACAGAAUGGUUCGUCGGUAACAAACAGAAGUGUGGAGGACCGAAAUACAAUUGCAAAUCAUCUGCUGUCGAUAAAUAACGAUAACGGAUUAAAAAUUGAUACUGUCAAUCACAUUGAUGUAAAACAAGAACCUGAGGAGAAUUUUGACAAUCUAGAGUUCCAAAGUGUUUCCGACAAUCUUACUGAAAACGAAAUGAUGCUACAAAAUAUUUCACCAGAGCAGGUGCUCAUGGGUGACAAUGAUACUAACAUUGGUAUUCCUGUAGAUCCCUUAGAAGGCAACCGUUUUGAUGACAAUUAUUAUUUCCUUAUGAGUCUUUUACCUCAUAUAAGAACAUUACCUGCUGACAAAAGAAUGUUACUCAGAAUGCAAAUGCAAGAAUUGGUUUAUAAGGAGGUUUAUAAAAAAAAUUCGGAUAGCGUUACAGCAUCGUAA